AUGACACAGUUAAAUUUUCUGUCAGGAGUCAUCGUUUUUGUUCUUUUGGCCAUGGUUUCAGAGAGCCAUUGUCAACUGAAUCAGACUGCGAGCCCGUUAAGACUUCUCCCAACUUGUGGUGGGAUAAGCUAUGACCCAAGGACACAGCUUUGCUGUUCAGGUGUCAUAUCAUCCAGGAAUGGCUCUAAAAAUGCUUGCUGUGGAAAUACUUCAUACAACACCAGAACACAUUUAUGUUGUUCUCGCACACUUCAUCCAAGAUUCUUUGGCAAAGUACAUGCUUCAUGUUGUGGGGAGCAAAGUUACAACCCUUUAAGUCAAGGUUGCUGUAGAACUAGGGCGCUGACUGUUUAUAACAGAAGUACAGAGGCUUGUUGCUCCCGGAAAGUUGUGCCUAACCCAACCGGUAUACUAUUUCCAAGUUGCUGUUUAACCAGUCCGUACAACCCAAAGACUCAAGCAUGCUGUGGGGGAUGUGUUGUUAGUAGGCCGAGCCGAGACUGCGGACCGACGAGCUGUUGUGGCAGCACACUAAUCUUCUCCACUUAUCAGAUUUGCUGCGCUGGAACGAUCAUAUCUAGGCCAACACUUUAUGCGCGGUGCUGUGGAACUGCAGCUUAUAACCCAUACAAAGAGGCCUGUUGCUUCGGGAAAAUCGUUCCUAACCCAACGGGUGUAUCACAUCCAAAUUGCUGUGGAACUCGUCCGUAUAACCCAAGCCGUCAUGUUUGUUGUUCUGGGAGAAUCAUACCUAAACCAUGGGGUUUAACUUCUGCACUUUGCUGUGGAAACAGUCUGUAUAACCCAAAGACUCAGGGUUGCUGUGGAACUCUCCUGUACGAUCCAGGUCUUCAGGAGUGCUGCCGACCAGGGUUAGUUCAGCAAAAAGGCUGCUGCAAGCCAGGAUACUCCAGUGCCCUUACAAAACGCAUCAAUCCGGCUGAGAAUUGA